AUGUACCGAAAUUCUGAGAGGGCUGAGCAUGGGAUUUACUGUCUGAACAUUUCUCCAAACGAGAAGGACGACGUACCGCGCACGGGUUCUGCUGGUAUUCAUAGUCAAGGAAAAAUAGAGGGGUCGGCCGAGUCGCGUCGGGGUGUCAUGCUUGAGGCGGGCCGGCAACGGGUGCUUGGAGCGUUCUGGCUCGCGUUCGGCAUCAAAGACACUCACAUCGCUGCAAACAACUUGAAAAGCCUUUGGCUUUUCAAGCAGGAGGGUAUCGCUGGCAAACUCGAUUGUUUAGCCUCCAAGGAAAUGAUUUGUGUUAAAAACUUUGUUGGGGGCAGAGCUGAAGGGCCGUCAUCGGACUCAGGUUCUCGAUCAGGACUCAUGAAUGUCUGGACAUCUGACUUGUCAAUUGUGCGGAAAGGGAUCCGAUGCGCUAAUGCUUCGGACCCUGCUCGAGGUGUUCAACCCGCCAUCGGGAUCAAUUUCGCAGACGGGGUGGUUCUGUUGCUCGACUUGAUGCACCUCUGGUGGCAAUUUGUCGACAGCCUCACCGUCCGAAUGGCCGCCAAUCAUGGUCAUUCCGUUGUACGAAAAACUCCGUCCCGGACCCCUUGUGAAGGAUUCAUUAUACAUGCUGCGAAACAAGCGAUGCGCGACCCGGGGGAGCAGGAGGUGAUUGGGGAGGUGGUGGGUGAGCGAGAAGGCUUUGAAUGCUGGGGGAGGCAAGGGAGGUUUGGAUUGUACCAUAUUACUGUUCUGUUCCGCGCAUCCAUGCCAGAAAGUUCAGUGUACAGUCCGGAGCUGGCUAAGGUCCGCGCAGACAGCGGAAGAUUUCGAGGCAUCAUCUACCGCAUGGCUAAGAUGGGCGACACCUAG